AAAACCCUAUAGAACUUGCCUUCACUCGAAGUCCAGAAUGAGCUCCCUUAAAACCCUCUCACUCUUUUCCUUCCUUUUUGCUGCCCUUCAUUUCCCCUCUGUCCAUGCAGCCACAUUUGAUAUAACAAACAAAUGUCCCUACACGGUUUGGGCUGCAGCUGUGCCUGGGGGUGGCAGGCAACUUAACAAUGGUGAGACAUGGACCAUUAGUGCUGCCCCUGGCACCACACAAGCACGCAUUUGGGCUCGAACCAAUUGCCAAUUUGAUGGUGCUGGAAAGGGCAGCUGCCAGACUGGUGACUGCAAUGGGCUCCUAGCAUGCCAAGGCUAUGGUUCACCCCCUAACACCCUAGCCGAAUACGCAAUCGGCCAAUUUGCAAACCAAGAUUUCAUUGAUAUCUCUAACAUUGAUGGAUUUAAUGUUCCUAUGGAAUUCAGCUCGGCCUCUGCAGGUUGUACCCGUGUGAUCAAAUGCACAGCAGAUAUCGUUGGACAGUGCCCUAAUGAAUUGAAGGUCCCUGGAGGGUGCAAUGGUCCAUGUCCUGUGUUCAAAACUGACGAGUACUGUUGCAAUUCAGGCAGCUGUGGUCCUACUCCUUUCUCAAAGUAUUUCAAGGAGAGGUGCCCAGAUGCUUAUAGUUAUCCUAAGGAUGAUCCUACAAGUUUGUUUACUUGCCCCACUGGGACUAACUAUAAGGUCAUAUUCUGCCCAUGAACCUAGUAGCUACUAGCUAGUCAGUGAUAAUAUUAAGUGUCACAAACUAAGGUAUUGCACCCCUUUAUA